CCAAACGAGCUCUUGGGGGGAAAGAGGAAACUAGGAAAUUAACCAGCGGUCUUCUCUAAGUCCGUCUAGAGAGAGAGAGAGGGCGGUCGGUCUCGGUCGAUGAAAGAACGAUGAGAUUGGACUAUCACACGGUCCUGCUGUUGCUCACAUCGUUCAAUCUUCUUCUCCCUUCUACCUUUGGAAAAUCUGGUGGAGUUUGUAUUUCUCCAGGUGGCCGGUUUCCCCCCUUUGCAAAUGAAGGAAAACCUCCUAGCAAAGUAAGCAAGGGCCGUAAAGAUUUGACCCUUUGCAGGGUGUUCCGUAAAAAGACAUGCUGUGAUGUUGCCCAGACACAUCCAGCUUUGUUAUCCAUUAGGAGGCUGGCCUUAACAGGUGAAGCCAGUCAAGAGUGCUUGCAAUUGUGGGAAUUGUUGGAAUGUUCUAUUUGUGAUCCUCAUGUUGGUGUACAGCCAGGACCUCCUCUCAUGUGUGCUUCUCUUUGUGAUAGAGUGUACAAGGCUUGCUCUAAUGCAUACUUCUCUAUGGAUGCAAUGACACAGGUUCUAGUGCCAUGUGGAGUAGGUGACUUUGUUUGUGGUAGAGCUUCUGAAUGGACCUCAAACGGUACAGAACUCUGUCGUGCUGCAGGUUUUGCUGUUAAGCCUUCUUAUGAUCAUGAUAUGGAAGAAACAUCUUGCUACGGUGGGAAGGCUAGUCUUGAUUCCGUAGCUGAUUCAUGGCAAACUUCGCGAUUUGGGGUGCCACAGAAAACUGAGAGCUCAGGAGUGUGGGAAGAUUUUCAGCAAUGGGCAAGGGAAAUGCCAUUCAUUGAAAGAGUUUGUUGGGCAGUUGGAGGAAUGGUUCUUACUGCAGGUCUUCUCUUUGCAAGUAAAAGGAAGAGCAAUAGUCAGCGCCAGAAGCAAGCAGCUAUUCAACGCGCUGCUAGGAAACUUGAAUCGAGAACAAGCCCAAAGUCUCCUGUUACUCGUGGAAAUAGAAAGGGAGGUGGAAGAUAAAUGUCCCCUUUGCAUGUGAACAUAUUUUUCCCGAUGUUUAUUUGCAGCUAAUAAGGGUCCAUGCUUGACAGAAGUUCACUUCCUCAAGUUGUUAGAAGAAAUCAGAGGUCACGAGAAGAUGGGUUUGGCCUCUGUACUUAUAGCAAUGGACAAGGGUCUGUGGUUCGUUAGGUAUAGCAAGUCAUGUUAAUUUUCCUCUGUUGUGGAUUUAUUUUGUUUUUAGUUUUAAGAUUAGAAAGGUUUCUUAAAAGAACUAUUUGCAUAUAGAAAAUUGUCCACAUGAAGUCAAAUUUCUUCCUUUUGAUGUCCUCAAUACUUGUUACAGUCCUGAAAGAAUUUUACUAUCUGUUGUUUACUUGAUUUGGUUGAAUUGUUUUGUUUGAUCA